CAGCAGCAGCAGCAGCAGCAGCAGCAGCUGCUCGCGCCCCUCACCACCCACCAGUCGCCCCGGGCCGGGGCCUCGCGGCCCGCCACCCUGCUGCUGGAUCUCCCUGCGACGGAGGCGCCGCCGCUGCCACCACCUUCCGUGCCAAGGACCGUGCCGCAGGGGGCCAUGCAGGCAGUACCGGCGGCGGGGGGCGGCGGCGGCGGCGUGAGCGCUGCAGAGGUGGCGGCGCGCGAGGCGGUGUGUGCUGAGAUGGGGGUGGGGCUGGCAGGUGCAGGGGGAACAAUAAACCGCGCCUUUGACGUGCUGUUCUGGACAUACGAAGUCGAGGCCGACCAGGUUGUGGGGCUGCGGCAGCAAUUUUGGGACCUCAUUCUGAAUGACAGCAGGUUGUCUGUUGGCGCUAGGGCGGCCGUGGCGCUCCUGGAGUCCAGGGUCGCCCUGCACAUGCGCGCCAAGGGGGUGUAG